AUAUGGCGGGCAGGUGAAUCCCUUAAAGAAGAAGAUAGAGACUAUGAACCUUGUUGUAGGAGAAGGUUUGGCAAGGAAGGUGAAUCUCUUAAAGAAGCAAAAGGAGAGAAUAAAUCUUGUAACACGAACAGGAGGCGGCAAUCAAAGAGUCUAUGCCCUUCUAAUAUUAAACCAGUCGAAGCCAAGGAGGGAGUCGAGAACAAAAGGGUUUGUUUAAGAAGGCAAUCUGCAAGAUUUAAACCACAAGAGUCGGAAAUGACUGAAGAUGUUUUCAUGGUAGAUAAUACAAAUUUUUUUCAAAAAGAACCUGAUGAAGAAUGUAUGAUCCCUGGAAACGAAGCUCAAGAACUUAGGCGGCAUCUACGGGCAGGCCUUUGCGCCGAGCAGCUGAGAAGGUCCAAUCCUACAAGGAAAUGA